UCAGCUGUGUCCAAUCACAGCUGAUCACUGAUGAUCAGUGUGCCCUGAUGAUCUGUGUAGCCCCAGCAGAGCCACCUGUCAGUGUCCAUCAGUGCCAGCUCUCAGUGCUCAUCCAUGCCAUCUGCCAGUGCCCAUCAGUGCCACAUAUCAGUGCCCAUCUGAGCUGCCUUUCAGGGUCACCCAUCAGUGCCACCUAUCAGUGCUGCCAGUCAGUGCCUCCUAUCAGUGCGCAUCAGUGCUGCCUAUCAGUGCCCGUCAGUGAUGCCUAUCAGUGCCAC